CUUACCAACCUCUUCCUGGGAAGCUGUAGUUGCAAUCGCCAUGGCUGGUUUAUCCUCGAACAAUCUCAGACAGGUCGUCGAGGGUUUGACGGGAGGAACCGGCUUCGAUCGAAUUUUGAGUAAGAUGGCUGUUGUUUCAGCUAGCCCUGGAAAAAUUGUCUGCGAAAUGAAAGUGGAAGAGAAACAUGUAAAUCGGGCAGGCAAUCUACAUGGUGGACUGACGGCCACGCUGGUCGAUGUGGUAUCAACUGCAGCCUUACUUAACACAGAACGGGCAUUACCAGGAGUUAGCGUAGACAUGAAUAUAACGUAUAUGAAUGCAGCAAAACUGGGAGAGGAUAUUAUCAUAACUGCUCAGGUGCUGAAGGAAGGUAGAUCUCUUGCAUUUACAACGGUAGACGUGACAAGCAAAGUAACAGGGAAACUCUUGGCUCAAGGACGGCACACAAAACAUCUUGGCACUUAAGAAAUUUAAGCUACCUUUGUGCAAUGAAAUGACUGUAUUUGAGGAAAAUGUAACAAAUUAAAGAAUUUCAAAUUUU